AUGGAUGGUGGGGAAAUUUCGAAGUUUCAUUUGAGAUUUCACAUAACAAGUAAGUACGAGGACGAGGUCAAAGCAUUUAGAACAUUUUCAAAACCAUGUGAACUGCACAGCCUGCAAGCCUGUAUGCGUGAAGAGAACCAGGAUCACCAGCCACCUAGAUACUCCAAGCCACAAAAAAGCACCGAUGAGCUACCCGAAGGGUUCUGCAGAUGCGUUAGGCUGGAACUACGACAGCCGGUGAUACAACUUGCUGAGUAUUCCGUUUCGUUGUGCGUACAUUGUGAUUCUUCUGCCUUAGCAGGACCCACAAGCCUAAUAUGCUACAUUUGCGAUUUACGCAUUUGCAAUGUAGGGUGGCGUUUGGAUUGUCGUUCACGCUUGGUUCCGAGGCGGGAUGCGAGCUUAACGCCUGAUUGCACCAUUCUGUUGCGUGAUGAUGCGGUAGCUUCGUCUGCGGUAGGAGACAAACCACCCAAACUUUGUGAUCCAUACUUUGUACCUCUGGAAGAAAGCCAAAUCUACGGUGACCAGCAUCCAGAAUGGAUAACCCUGUCUCUCACCAUUUGCUCCUCCGUAACGCGAAAAAUCAUCGAGUUCAAGAAUUUCGGUGGAGCUAAAUAUCGGAACGACAACCGACUCAACACAGGAUGA